ACUGUUGACUCGAUUGUCAUUUUGUCGAGAGUCCUGCCGAUUCUGGAGCCAAUCACCGAGCACUCCUUAAGUCUGCAAGAAGCAGUUGCUAGAAUGCACGGAUACGUUGGCAUUUUCCUUCAAGUUGUCAAGCAGUGCAUGUUAGAUGACACCACUAGUGACAGCAGCUCUACAGAGCAAUCAAAAAGCAAAGAUGACACCUUAAAUGAAGAGCGGCGCAUUUAUGGUGUACGUCGUCGUGUUGGUGUAUACAAUAUGCGCAAUGAAGGGCCUCUAUUUGCGAGAAUGGAAGCAAUUGCUCACAUUGCUUCUGUGGCGCAAAGCGCAGUUGGAACAGAGAAACUAGAUGACGAGACGAAGGAAGCCCUUUACGUGGAACAGGCAGCAAGGUGGAAUGAUCUGUUCAACUUCCUUUCGCUGUCAAAUCAAGAUCUAUUGGAAUUCCAAGCUCACGUUUAUGCUGCAUCGUUACCUUGGUGGAAAGACCACCAAACAGGAACCGAUGUCGGGCUACGAGUUUGCGUUCGCAAUAUCUGCCUUCGAGCCCUACAGGCACAUCCAUGCGACCUAUGGACACCAUGCACUCUCCUGUCCUCUUUACCACCAUCCACGAUUGAACAAGUGAUUCUGGAGCUAAGAAACACGGUAUCAAAUAGAAAAUCGCCUCAAACUAUGAUCAAUUUCCUGCGUUUAGUACAGUUUGCUACGAUUUUGACAGAAGAUGCUACUCAUGCUAAGAUGUUGACGAUGUUCUUCAAUUCUUAG